AUGGAAUCAGUUAGGGUAGUAGUGACGGCGGAAAGCGUUAGACAGCGAAAGAGCAUUGAUGGCGAUGAGCGGGAAACAAACCUGGAAGCUGCUUCGCCGACUCCAGGUGACGGCGGAGAUACUCAAAAUGAUCUCUCUGAUAUGCAUAGAUUGGGCAAGAAGCAGGAAUUCAAGAGGAAUUUCAAUCUGCUGUCGACGCUGGGCUUCAUUUCAAUCUACAUGGCAACAUGGGAGUUUGUGCUAGUGUCACUGAGCGUAGGAUUGAUCAAUGGAGGGUUUGCGGGGUUGUUUUGGGUAUUCAUUGGAACGGUGAUAUGUUACUCGUCAAUCGUUGCCUCACUUGCGGAAAUGGAAUCAAUGGCUCCUACCAGCGGUGGUUGGAUGUCCACCCUUGGCUGGAUCGCUAGUUUCGCUAGCAGCGUAUUUAUUCUCGCUACUCUUGUCGAAGCAAUCAUCGAUAUCCGAAAUGCAGAUUAUUCCUUCGCACCAUGGCAAUACACACUAAUCAUGAUAGCCUACCUCCUAGUCACCAUCGUUUUCAAUACUUGGGGCGCAAGACUCCUACCUAUGAUUGAAACGACUUCAUUGUUUGGACAUUUAGCAGGAUUUUUAGUCACAAUUAUACCAUUGUGGGUUAUGGCGCCAAAGAAUUCGGCGAAGAGUGUGUUUGUAGAUGUGGUAAAUAAUGGGGGGUGGAGUAAUAAGGGGACGAGUUGUUUGAUUGCGCAGGUUAGCGUUUUGUAUUGUAAUCUUGGUUCGGAUAGUGCGGUGCAUAUCUCCGAAGAAGUAGAAGACGCAUCGAUUAAUGUCCCGCGUGCUAUGUGGUGGAGUUAUGUCCUCAACGUCGUUCUCGGAAUAAUCACAUUAGUAACCAUGCUCUUCUGCAUCGGACCCCUCGAUGCUGCAAUCGCAUCUCCGGCCCCGUAUCUAAAACUGUUCCAAAACACGGGAUCUGAUGCCAUGGCUACGGUACUCAUGAUUAUUCUUCUAAUACUGGUGUUUUCUGGGAAUAUCACAGCGUUGGCUACUACAAGUAGAGAAUUGUGGGCUUUUUCGAGGGACAAGGGAUUUCCGUUCUCGAAGUGGAUUUCAAAGAUGAACCACGCCCUCAACGUCCCCCCCAAUGCCAUCUACCUAACCUCCUUCCUCACCGUCCUCCUCUGCCUCAUAAAUCUUGGUUCCUCCUUCGCCUUCAACAUCAUCGUCUCCCUCUCUCUCCUCGCCCUCCUCUCUACCUACAUGCUAUCCAUCGGCUGCGUGCUCUUAAAACGUAUCAAGGGGGAACCUCUGCCGCCCGCCCGAUGGAGUUUGGGUCGCUAUGGAUUGCCCAUUAAUGCUUUUGCUUUUGCGUAUAGUGCGUUUGUCAUGGUUUGGAGUUGUUUUCCGAGUGAGGUGCCGGUUACGGUCGGGAAUGCUAAUUGGGCGCCAGCGGUUUGGUUUGCGGUAAUUGUGAUAGCGGGGCUGAUAUAUUUUGUGCAUGGGAGGAAACAUUAUACGCCACCAGUUGUAUUUGUAGCAGGCAGAAGAGCCAGCAACGCAUUGCAAGGAGUGGAUUAG